UAUAACUGAUGGAUAAUUUGGGGGAGUAUCCAACAGGGUCAUAAGUAGAACUACAGCCACUAGCAUCUUGUCUUUGGGUGGCACCAUGUUUCAUUCAGGAAUAUAGUUCUUAUUUAAUCUUUUUUUAUUUUUUUUAAAGUCUUAAUGUGGUUUGGGGUCUUUAAAAGGAAAAGAGAGGAAUGAAUAAAAAAGGGGGAAAUGCAACAAAGAGCGUAGGGUAAAGCAAAAGAAAGAAGAGGUCUUUCUCAUAUACAGAUCCCUAUGGAAUGCAGGAAUGAUGCCCAGCAUUAGCUUGCUGGAACUCUUUUCUUUCUUUUUUGUUUAGUUUAAAAGAAAGGAACUUGCUUUGUCUCUCUUUAGAAAUGUUUACAGUGAGUGAGAGAGAGAGAGAGGGCCUCAUGCAUAUAGAAUAGAUUCAGUCACAGGAGUUCUGAAUUUGUUUUAGAUGAGUUCUUAGAUUUGGUCAAAUUACUUUUGCAGCUACAAAACAAAUAUUCUUAGUUUUUUUUUCAUUUCCUUUAAAAAAAAUAGAGUGAAGCAAGGAAAUGGUCGUUUUUUUUAUGAUUAAGUUAUUUGUUUCCCAAUGAUUGAGUUGUUCCUGCAGUGAGAGGAAGUUCCCAACUUGCUUAGAAUCAUUACUGGGUUCCAAAGCAGCCGCAUAGUAAGAAAAUGAAGUCCAUAAGCAAUGAUGAUAACAAUAAAAAUGCAAACUGGUUAGGUUUUUCUCUCUCUCCAAACAUGAAAAUGGAGGUUAGCAAUCAAGAAGCUCACAACUAUACACAGUCUGCUUCAGCUUCAGCUGCCGGUGUUACUACAGCAGUUCCAUCAAGCUUUUUCCAAUCUCCUUCUCAUCUUAAUUAUGGACUUUAUUAUGGAGUUGAAGGAGAAAAUGGUGGCUUCUAUUCUCACUUUCCUGUCAUGCCACUUAAGUCAGAUGGGUCUCUUUGUCUAAUGGAAGCUCUUGGCAGGUCUCAGCAACCACAAGCAAUGGUUCCUACUUCAACUCCAAAACUGGAGGAUUUCUUUGGGGCUGCAACCAUGGGGACCCAUCACUAUGAAAGCAGUGACAGAGAAACUAUGGCUCUAAGUUUAGACAGUAUGUAUUACAAUCAAAAUCCAAAUCAAGAACACAACAACCAGAAUUGGUUAGACCACCUGCAACAGUCCUCAAGGCAGACGCACCACCAACAGCAGCUUCAGGUUCAACAGUACCAAUACUACUCUGGAUAUAGGAACCAAGAAAUGUUACUAGGAGAGGAAGCUAAAGAAACCCAUGUUACAGAUUGCAAUCUUCAGGCCCCAACAAUGGCAGAUGAUGGUAAGCAGUGGGUUUCAAGAAACUACUCCACUGAACAUGCAAUGCAUCAGAAGAUGAUUGGUUGCUUGGGUGAUAAUGGAGCAGAAUCCGGCUCUAUUGGUGCAAUAGCAUAUGGAGAUUUGCAGUCUUUGAGUUUGUCAAUGAGCCCUGGUUCACAAUCAAGCUGUGUGACUGGUUCACAGCAAAUCUCGCCUUCUGGAACUGACUAUGCUGCAGUCCUGGAAACCAAGAAAAGAGGGCCUGACAAGGUAGAUCAGAAGCAAAUUGUCCAUAGGAAAUCCAUUGAUACCUUUGGUCAAAGAACCUCUCAGUAUAGAGGUGUCACAAGACAUAGAUGGACGGGUAGAUAUGAAGCCCAUCUAUGGGACAACAGUUGCAAGAAGGAAGGACAGAGCAGGAAAGGAAGACAAGUUUAUUUAGGGGGUUAUGACAUGGAGGAGAAAGCUGCAAGAGCAUAUGAUCUAGCUGCACUCAAGUAUUGGGGACCCUCCACUCACAUCAAUUUCCCAUUGGAGAAUUACCAAAAAGAACUUGAAGAAAUGAAGAACAUGACAAGACAAGAGUAUGUUGCUCACUUGAGAAGGAAAAGCAGUGGAUUUUCAAGGGGAGCUUCAAUGUACAGAGGAGUGACAAGACAUCAUCAACAUGGAAGAUGGCAGGCUCGGAUAGGAAGAGUUGCAGGGAACAAAGACCUUUAUCUUGGAACAUUUAGCACUCAAGAGGAAGCAGCUGAGGCUUAUGACAUAGCAGCUAUCAAGUUCCGUGGGGCGAAUGCAGUGACUAACUUUGACAUAACAAGGUACGAUGUGGAAAGAAUCAUGGCUAGCAAUACCCUUCUUGCUGGAGAAUUCGCUAGGCGAAACAAAGAUGUCGGACCUGGUGGUAAUGACAACCUUUUAACUGGUAACACCAAUGCUGAAACCAACAUUAACAUAUCACCAAAGAACAAUGGAGGUCAACCAGACUGGAAAAUGAUCCUUUAUCAGUCAUCUGAACAGCAACAGCCCAACAUCAUUGAGAAUUUUAAGGCUCAGGCUUUCUCAUUGGCACCAGAAACCAUGGUUGGCCACAGAGAGGUGGAUGAUUCCAGCAAGAUAGGGACUACUCACUUCUCCAAUGCUUCUUCAUUGGUGACUAGUUUGAGCAGCUCAAGAGAAGGUAGCCCAGAGAGAAGCAGUUUACCUAUGGCGUUUGCAAUGCCUCCUCCACCAUCAUCCAAGUUGUUCACUACUUCACCAAACACUGUGAAUUCUUGGAUUCCUUCGGCUCAGCUCAGGCCUGCAAUUUCCAUGCCACAGAUGCCUGUUUUUGCUUCCUGGACAGAUGCUUAGAUUAGACGUUUUGGGGUAUAGUAACCAAAAAUAUGUUCUCUUUCUUUUCUUUUUUUCCCCUUUUUUUGCAUGGAAUUAAAAAAAUCAGGAAAAAGAAGUAUGGUUUUUUAUUUA